UCGCUAGAGGAACGGAUUCCAGAUAGGCUUUGUUUGUGGAUGAGCUCCAUCACCUCCUUCAGAAAUGUGGACGGAUAUAAGGAAAAUCCUACUCUUUCAUUUAUUAGUCCUGAAACUCCAUUCCUCAAAAGGAACUACAGAGACGGAAUGUGAGGAUGGACAGUUUCAGUGUAACAACAAAAGGUGUAUACCCACAAUUUGGAGGUGUGACGAUGACGAUGACUGUUCAGACAAUAGUGACGAAGAAAACUGCGCCAAGAAGACAUGCGCCCCAGCAGAGUUUGCCUGCAUGAACGGCCAGUGCGUUCCCGGACGCUGGCGCUGCGAUGGUGAACCAGAGUGCCCGGACGGUUCGGACGAGGCAGAUGCCACCUGCAGCAAACAGACGUGUCCCCCUGACAAGUUCGACUGCGGCGGCUCCACCCACAAGUGUGUCUCGUUGUCGUGGCGAUGCGACGGGGAGAAGGACUGCGAGAACGGCUCGGACGAGGAGGACUGUGCGGCGGACGCCAAGGCCUGCCCCAGCGGAGAGUUCCAGUGCGCCAACCGCAAGUGCCUGGCGCCCGCCUACGCGUGCGACGGCGACGACGACUGCGGCGACGGCAGCGACGAGCUCAAGUGCUCCGCCGCCUCCACCUGCGGCCCCCACGAGCUCCGCUGCAACUCGUCCGAGUGCGUGCCCGUCAUGUGGGGCUGCGACGGCGACCCGGACUGCUCCGACGGCUCCGACGAGUGGCCGGAGCGCUGCGGCGGCGACGGCGCCCACCCCUACCCCCCCCCUCACGGCCGCAGGGCCAACUGCACGGUGGGGGAGUUCCGCUGCGCCAAUGGGGAGUGCGUGCGCCUGGCCUGGAAGUGCGACGGAGACCCCGACUGCAAGGACAAGUCGGACGAGGUGGACUGCCCCCUGCUGACGUGCCGGCCUGAUGAGUUCCAGUGUGGAGACGGGGCCUGCAUACACGGCACCAAGCAGUGUAACAAGAUCCAUGACUGCUCUGACCGCAGUGACGAGGCCGGCUGUGUCAACGCCACCCGCUGUGAGAGCCCCCUGAAGUUUCUGUGUAAGAACGGCGAGUGUAUCGACAGCGCCAAGGUGUGUGACUCAGUGAAGGACUGCAAAGACCGGUCAGACGAGCCCAAGAAAGAGUGCGGGCUCAACGAGUGCAUGCUGAACAACGGGGGCUGCUCCCACGUCUGCGUGGAUCGACCAAUCGGCUACGAGUGCCAGUGUCCCCUAGGUUACCAGCUGCUGGAUAAGAGGACGUGUGGAGACAUAGAUGAGUGUGAGAACCCUGCAGCCUGCAGCCAGACCUGCGUCAACUACAAGGGAGACUUCAAGUGUGAGUGCUACGAGGGCUACGAGAUGGACCCUGUCACCAAGACCUGCAAAGCCGAGGGGAAGAGCCCCUACCUGCUCUUCACUAACCGUCACGAGAUCUGCCGUGUGGACCUUGUAAAGAGGGACUACACCCAGGUGGUGCCCACCCAGAAGAACGUGGUGUCCCUGGACGUCGACGUGGCCAACCACCGCAUGUUCUGGUGCGACCGCUUCCACCGCAAGAUCUACAGCUCGCUGAUCCAGGAGGCGAGUGACCUGGCCAGGCAGGCCACCCUGCUGGACUCCCUGGUGUCCCCGGAGGGCCUGGCCCUGGACUGGCUCCAGAACAACCUGUACUGGACUGACUCUGGGGACAAGAGCAUCUCGGUGGCGUCGGCCGACGGCGCCAGGAGACGCGUCCUCGUCACCACGGAGCUGAGCGAGCCCAGAGCCAUAGCCCUGGACCCCCAUCACGGGUUCAUGUACUGGUCCGACUGGGGCAGCAGAGCCAGGAUAGAGAAGGCUGGCAUGAAUGGGGUGGACAGACAGGUGCUGGUCUCUGACAACAUCCAGUGGCCCAAUGGCAUCACCCUGGAAGGUCUCCAGCUGCAUCCCAGCCUCCGGUCACCAAGGCAGUACGAGCUGGAGAACCCCUCUCAGCAGAGCCUAGAGACUGAGGGCCGUUUGUAG